CAACAAAACGAGGCCAGAGAUAAGAAAUGCAAACAAACAUUUGUGGACAUUGGAUGCGGAAAUGGUUUACUCGUCUAUCUGUUGACGAAUGAGGGCUACAAAGGGUUGGGAAUCGAUUUGAGGCGAAGAAACAUUUGGGAUAAAUACGAUUCGAAAGUGGAUUUAGUGGAGAGAGUGUUCACGCCGUCGGACGACACGUUCGGCUUUGAACACUACGAUUGGCUGAUUGGCAACCAUUCCGAUGAAUUGACGCCAUGGAUCCCAUACAUCGCCGCCAACGCUUCCCAUGCGAUGAACGCGUUUCUGCUUCCGUGCUGUCCGUUCGACUUCAAUGGAUCCAAAUAUCAAAGAACUUGUUCGGCAUUGAGUCAAUACAGUUGUUAUAUGCGAUAUUUGCAGACAGUAUGUCGUGAGUUGGGCUUUGAGCCAAAAGUAGAUAAACUCCGGAUUCCGUCCACAAAACGAAUUUGUAUUAUUUGUGACGAAAGGAAUUACGAUAAGAGUAUGCAAUCAAUGAUGAAAACUAAACGCAAAGAGUUUGUCAACGAAAAACUUAAAGAUUUUAACGAAUAUAAGCCGAGAGAAAAGGUAGAAGUGGUCCGAAACUGCACUCGUCUUCCCAAAGAUAUCAUUCAAUCGAUUGUCACAAUCAUUGCAAACGAAUUACUCAACGGAAACGCGAAUCUAACGCUCGGUUCUAUACCGAGACUAUUGUCCGCCGAUAUGUUGUCGCAUAUGAAGAGCCAAUGCGGAGGAAUACAGACUCUGCUCAGGAAUCAUAAGCAUAUUUUCAAUGGUAUUGAAGAUUUCUUAAUCUUUCAAAAUUUAAUAAUUUAU